CCCGCGGCUGAGGCCCGGCCCCGGCGAGCGCCGCCCCGCCCCGCGCCGCACGGCGACGGCAGCUGCCGGCGGGCCGGCCGUUUUACAUGGAGAUCCCAGUUCCCAGGCAUGAGGAUGAGGGAUAUGAGGGCUCUGCAGCCUGAGAAAGGGAAUGGAUAUGGUAUGUGGCCUCAGCUUACAGGAAGCAGGCCUACUGUACGCUGCUGGCCUGGUCUUGGUAUGCUGUGCACAUGGAAUCGUGUUCAGUUGAAGAGCAUUCGAGUCUGCUGAUGGGAAUAAGGUACAUUAGAACUGAAUUCUUCUUAAUACAGUAACUGUACAGGAUGAAAGAAAAAUAAGCUUCUGUUUUUCAAAUGCCCAACUUUAACAACAUAGUUUACUGUGAAAAGUGAAAGAAGAAUCUUUGUGGACACCUUAAAGACAGCUGGUAGACAUAACAAAAUGCUUUGUUUGAGGCAAGUUUCCUUGUUUACACUAAGACAUUGCCAAGUUCGAACUCUCAGCAAUGACCUGCUUCUGAGCCAGAUAAAUAGCUGCACCCAUGAAGAUGAAGUGUUCAGUCUCAUUGGAAGGAACAAGGCCAGGCUUUCUGAAAAACACGUGGGAAGUGCGCUGAACAUGCUGUGGCAAUUACAAAAGAAGAGGCCACUUCCAUUAAGGACUAGCAACUACAUAAGGAAUCACUCCCAGUUUCUUACUCUUCACGUUUUGGCAGAAAACAGCGUAGAACAUAUGGAAAAUGAGGUUGUGGUGGACACCCUAUACAGUAUUCUGAGGCUGAAUGUUGAAGAUCAUGAUUCUCUAGCAGAAGUGCUUGUUACAGAAGCAUGGAAAAGAUUAGAAAGACUUAGUCUGCCAGCCCUGUCUAAAUUUGCACUGUGUUUAUACAAGCAGCACGUGCGUUUUAGUCCCCUAAUUGGCAAAAUAGCUCAUAUUGUGGACAGGAAACUGGAUUCUAUACAGGAUAUAAGGAUCUUGUCAGUUUUGAUGAUCAGCAUAUCCGAAGUUAUCUCACAGAGUUUUCGAGAUCGGUUACUAGAGAAGGCCGAACAGCUCUUGGGGGCAGAGGAUGAAGUCUGCUUCAACUAUGCCAAAAGAAUAGCACUGUUUCUUCAAAAUGUUAAACUGGCAUAUCAUCCAUUGCUAGAAAAAUGCAAUAAGAUUUUCCUUAAAAGUGCCUGCCAUCUUGAUAUACACAAUAUUAGUCUUAUUUUUGGACUGUAUGAGCAGCUUGGUUUUGACAAUGCUGAAUUCCGCUUGGUUGCUAAACAGCUGCUGUCUGAAUCUAUAGAUGAGUAUAAUGAUCCUGAAACUUUUACAAAAUUAUUUUUUACUCUUGGGCCUAUGGCAGGACCCAAGGUAAGAGAAAGGUUGCUGGUUACUGCAGUGAGCAUGGCAGAAGGAUUUAGCAGUCAUCAAGUACUGGUAACACUAAAGACGAUGCAGAAAAUGAAAUGUAGAAAUUCUCAUCUACUCAAAAAAAUGGCUUCUAUUCUGCACAAACAUUUGGAUAACUAUCAUGUAUUACAGUUGGUAAAGUUAACACAGUACUUGGUUUUGCUGCGUUGCCACAAUCUGGAGCUGUUUGACAAACUAAAAAAGUUGCUAUUUGGUUUUUUAAAAUCUAGUGUCAUCCCUGGUGAUAUUGCUGCAAUAAUUCGUGUUCUGGCCAUGCUUCCUUCCUCUCAAGUGGAGGAAAUCAUUAUAAACAAAGCAACUGCAGUUCUGCCUCAGUGCAGGCUCCCCCAUUUGAAUUGCAUUGCUACAGCUCUUGUCAAAUGGAAUCAUUAUGACCAGUUGCACUGGCAAAACACUUCAGAGCUAUGUGCUAAGCUUUUACAGAAACUGAAUGACUGUGGAUUUCAGAGGCUUCAGAAAGCCAACAACUUAGAUCUUCUGCUGGAAGAACUUACAUAUGUGAAUGGAGAAUGGUUUGAAGAAGUCCUCUGUGAGGAAACUAUGGCUACAUGUCAGCGCUUGACAGACCAAAUAACAUGGGCAAAUGUGUUACCGUUUUCUUUUUUUCUUAUAAAAACAAACCACCGCUGUGCUUCGUUACUUGACAGAAUAUCCUCCGUGACUGUUCAAAAUAUAGACAAGAUCCAUCCUUUUGAAAUAUAUUUUAUUCUCUACCUUUUCUCUGUUCUGAACUAUGACCCUCCAGCCAAUGAAGAGUUCUUUGAGAACUGCAUCCAACGUCUUAUUUCUAACUUGAGUUGUUUCGAAACUCACCACUUGGUGCUGCUUGGUCAUGUUUUGGCAGUGGCUGGCUAUUUUCCUCCAGUUCUGAUAAAGAUGAUAUUUAAUGUAUCUUUUCUAAGCAAAUUGGAUGCUCAGCUUGAAGUCCUGUCUGAUACCUCAAAGCAGAAGGUCCGCUCGUGCCUCAUGAAAUUGAACAGAGCAGUCUGUCUGGAAUGCCCAGAGUUUCACAUCCCUUGGUUUCAUGAACGCUACUGCCAGCAUGUCUUAUUUAAAGGCAGUAGAAGAAUAAGUUCACUGCGACAGCAUGUUCACAGAAUGCUGGCAGAGAUCUUAGGAGGAAGCCAUUACACAAGAGUAUCUGUUCUCACACCAUACUACUAUGAAAUAGAUUUUGAAUGCAUUCUGGAUAAAAAUAAAAGGCCUCUUUCCUACACGGCUCAGAAUAUACUUCUGGAUGAUUUGGAGGGAAUACACUUGAGACAUGACAUCAAGGACACUGAGAGAAGGGCUCUACCACUAGGCGCUCAGAAAAUUGCCUUGGAAUUUCUUGGUCCAAAAGCUUUUAGCAAGGAUUCACGUCAAAUGAAAGGAGAAUCUGCCAUGAAAAAACGACACCUGGAAAUGUUGGGGUACCGGGUAGUUCAGAUUCCUCACUUUGAAUGGAAUUCUAUGGUUCUGUCAACAAAAGAAGCACAGCUGGAAUAUCUGAAAAAGCACCUAUAUGAAACACAGUAAUGCUGAAGACAUGUAACCAGUUAAACUUCUUGUAACCCUGAAAUACAUACUUUCCAAAAUCUCUUUAUCUGUGAGUCAGCUGGACCAAGGCUUGCCAUAGGGUAUCAAGAGAUACAAUCCUAAAUUUGUUAGGGAUUGAAAAAGGCAGGUCACAAUGGGCCAUAAAAAUGUGAUAAGGAUGCUUAAAAUCUCGGAUUAUCUGGAAGCUGUAGUUUAAGUACAUGGGUCUGUGACAAUGCUCCCAUAAAAUGACAUAAUCUCCUAAAUAAAUAGCAUGGAGACUUGGCCAGAUAUACACCUAUCCAAACAAAAGUUGGAAAUACUGUAGCUGUUGGAGAGAAGGCAGCAGAUACACUGGAAAUUAUCUGUCCUUCAGCAAGUGGCAACAUGAGCAAUAGAGACAAAGCAUAGUAUCUCUGUACUGUGAAACCAAGAAACUGAAAUGCAGGUUCACUAAGAAUAGGACUGUUACUGCAGCCCUUCUGUUGCCAUCUUCCACAACAGAGAGAGUGUGGGUGAUUAUAGGGGGGGGUGGUGGUGAGGAGCCUCCAGCUGCUUGCUUUUCCUACCCUGUAUGUGGCAUAUGCAAAAGAAGUAACAGCUGGAGCUUUCUGGAACACUUCUGCAUACGCAAAAGGUGAAUUAGUCCCAGAGGUCUGUCAGCCACCCUGGCUCUUGAAACACCCUGUACUCCAGUUAAAUGCAACUUGAAAAUAACACAACUAGGGAAAGAUUUAUCUAAUUGAAGGAUUUAUACAAGACAAGGAAGAAAUAAUCCUGAUGUCAGACAUAUAUGCUUACUAGGGACUGAUACUUCAUGAAACUUGCUUGUACAGCAGUAUGCAUUGGACUAGCCUGUUGCUAAUAGAAAUAAAAGAUCUGAUGUGCCUCUUCUAUAAGCGGGACAGUGUACUAAAGAACAAAAUUAGGCUGAAAAUUGAAACCAAGAAUCAAGACAAGUCUUCUGAGAAUGAUAAAUACUACCUUGGUUACUGGUGGUGAAAAAUACCAGUUUUAUUUCUCGUGUCUCAAAACCAUCUCCCAGUUGCAGGGCUUGCUGUGAUGAUGCUGAGCCAGGGCUUGUAUCAGGAUGCUUAAGAUAAAGAGACACAGAAGGAAGAAGUGGAACAGCCAGGAGAAUGUUCAUUAUAGAGUAUACUAUGGUAAACUGGCCCAUUUUCAGAAGCUGUCAUGUUGUGGCUACAGUUUCUAUUACCUCAUGAUGACUGCUUGCUGUGCCUGUCUCUUUCACAUGCACAAUGGCUAUAUGGUUUCUUGCCAUUUGAAUAGAAGCAGUAGGCAUUCCUUGAAAUGCCACAUGCCUUGAAACUUUGCAGAGGUAAGUGACUGCAUCUCUGAAUUGACCAUCACGCACCUAGUUGUCGCUUGUUUUGAUUUUUUUUUUAACCAGCCAGUAAUAGAAAAUAUUUUUAUUCACUGAAUCUGAAUCAAUUCACUGCUGAGAAGCCAGAAAAAACUGACAGAACUAACAGAGGUUGCAGGGUAUUUCCUGCUAAGGCAGUCCUCACAUUUGUUGGAUGACUAUCAAAAAGCUGUAGCAGAUGGUUAUCUUCUUACGGUGAUGGUGCUUUUGGUCAAAUUAACAUAUACUCCAAGAGGUUGUCUGUUGUAGAAGAGGAAGAGUGCUUUGAGGAGAUGACUUUGAAGGCACAGCACAUAGAAAGCUCAUUAUAUUUGGGGUAAAAUGGAGAAGACAAUCAUGCACAUAGAUGAGGAUCUCAGAACUUGGGCUAGAAGUCAGAGUUGUCUCUGCAUGAUCCUGCUUCUAUACAGACGGGCUUCAGGUAGCAACUGUGGAGCAUAAAGAAGGUAGCAGCGGUUGUAGCUGAAGUGAUCAGUGAUGGAUGAUUGUGUGAUUGAGCUGCUCUUAAGGUGUCAGGCAAACACUGUGUGCCAAGCCAGAUAUGUUUAAGUUAUGUAUGGAUAAAGUUAUGAAUAAUCACAACUGGAAGGAUUAAAACGUGCUAUGAGUGGAUUCAGAAAGUGCAUCUAUCUUGAGAAAGCAAAAUGUGAAAUAAAAGUGUUUCAAUAAAAUGUGCUGCUUUUGUUA